UUUCAACUGGAUUUAUUUUAUGUGAUACUGAACAAGAACCAUGUGGUGUUGGAAGAGUCUUCGAUGCACAAGUGGCUAUAAUUGAACAUAAAUCAAUAAUAUGUCCUGGUUAUUCAGCUGUUCUUCAUAUUCAUGCAGCAGCUGUUGAAGUUCAAUUAAGAAAAUUAAUAACAUUAAUCGAUCGUAAAACAGGUGACAGAACUCAAGAACAUCCACGUUUUAUUAAACAAGAUCAAGUUGCAAUAGCACGAUUUGAAUUAUCUCAAGCAAGUCAAGUAAUUUGUAUGGAACCAUUUAAACGUUUUCCUCAACUUGGUCGAUUUACAUUACGUGAUGAAGGUCGUACAGUUGCAGUUGUUCCAAGAAUAAAAUAUUAUUCUUUAUUUCGAUUAAAAUCAACAGAAAACAAUUUAAUUGAUGAACUUAAUAAAAUAAAAACAAAAGAUUUAUUAAAAAUAUUUAAUGAAGAACAAAUAGAAAAUUUUCGUCAAUUAAAACGUACAUUAGGCGGAAAAUUUCAUUCUUUAGAACAAUUUAAAAAUGAAUCAAAAUUUCAAAUUGAUUUUAAUAAAUUCUUUGAUUAUUUAUUAUUAUUGAAAAAUCGAAAUAAUAAUCAACAACAUCGAAUUCAUAUUGAACCUCGUCUAACAUCAAAAAUUGUCGCCGAUAUUGAAAGUGUCUGUAGUCUCGAUUAUACAUCAUCACAUAUCAAUUGGUCUAUUGUAAAAACAACAAAUAAUAAAAAUCAUUUUCAAGUCAAACAAUGGAAUACAUUAGAAGUUAAUCUUAAUAGAAAAUAUAAUUUUAUUAAUACUUUUAAUCAAUUAUCUGAUAGUCUUUCAAAAAUUCCAUUAAAAGAUGUCAAUGUUCUUCUUGUUGAACAAACAACAUAUCGUUAUCCAAAUAUUAAAAUAGCUACAUAUGUUUCACAAUUACAACAAAUUCGUGCUAUAUUUAAUACAAUACUUCAUUGUCAUUUAUUAUCAAAACAUUCAGUUUAUCAUAUAUCAGGAAGAGAUAUUGCUUUACAUUUUGGAUUAUUUAUUGGUAAUGAACAAUCAAGUGCAGAAUUUUUUCUUACCAAUCUUAUAUUUAAUAAUAUAGAAAAUAAUAAAAUGAUAUCAUUGGAUAUAGAUCAUCAAUUAAAAAUAAAUUAUCAUCAAACAAUAAAAGGACAAAGAGAACCAAUGGCUCAAUGUCUUUUAAGAGCUUUAGCUUUUCUUCAAUGUGUCAAUGAAAAGAAAUAUACUUCUUCACAUUCGAAAUAA